AUGUACGGGAAACUGCUGCAAAUUUGCAACAACACUGGAGGUGGGAUUCACACUGGGAUCUCCCUGCUGUCAUUGCUGCUCCUGGCUUCCAAAGAGAAAGAGAUCAUUGUCUUCGAUACUAUGGAUGGUACCUUGAUCAGGGAAUUCCACAUGACAAGGAACCUUCAUCCUUCAGCCAUAGCCAUUUCUGAGGGAAAGGUAUAUCUUCUUGUCCACGACAGCCGGACAUCUCUGUGUCAGGGAAUUCAGGGUACAAUGAGGAUCCUCACUCAUGAAUUUGCCAUUGUGAACAGCAUCUACCGCUUCUGUGGCUUCUUAGUCACAAAACGGCUUGUGAAGUUCAGUGCUAAGAGAGGAGUGUUGAGUGACGUUUCAGAAACCACCGAAAAUGUUGAUGCUGAGAAAAUACAUGGCAAGAGAAAAGUAUCUGAGCCAGCCAAGAGAGGAGUGAAGAAACCUCGAGGAUAUGAGUCAGUCUGCGAAGGCAUCUCUGACUUUUCCUUGGCUGAUCAGAACAUCUUGCUUGCACAUUCCCACAAGCUGAUGAGGAAAAUCCACAGUCCAGAAGCCCUGUAUGUGAUACAGGAGGAUGUUGCAAGAAAGUGGGUGGAGAGGAUACAGCCCUUCAUUUUGACGGAGAGAAAUCCAAUAUUUGAAGUCAACCCUGGUCCUGGUAUUUUGUCUCGGAACCUCCUCAAAGCAGGGGUGAAACGGCUUCGGUUGUUUGAAGAUGAGCCUGCGUUUUUUCCUUCUACUCAGAGGUUGAUCGAAGAAUUUGGAAAAGACAGGAUUGAAGUUGUGAAUGAAAACUUCUUUGCGCUGCCCAAGAGACUCUUCCAGGAUGCUGAAGAAUCCACAAUGGUUCGAUUCCAGACUUUUUUAGGUGGUCUUCGUCAGUAUCCAUGGGAUUCUACUGAUUCAGCCCUGACUGUAAUAGGGGUUUAUCCCGUGCAUCACAGCCCUACAUUCCUUCGCUAUCUGCUUUAUAUUUACCAGAUGAGAUCCGUCAUUUUUCAGUUCGGGAAAGCACAACUCCUUCUCUGCAUCAACCCUAAUAUCUACAAGGUGAGGAGACCCACGGAAAUGAAUUUAACUGCAGGACCUGAGGAUGGAUUCAUCCGGUACCGCAGACAAUCGGUCAUAUUUCAGCUUUUCUUCAAUGUUGAGGAGCUGGAAGAAUUUCCUCGAUCUGCCUUCUUUCCUUGGUCUUAUGAUAUGCAAAAAAAAUCUGCUGCCAAAAACAAGAGAAAGAACUUUUUGGAGACUGACUACAGCCACCUGUGCCUUGUGAGGAUUACACCCAAAAAAGAGGUGCCCGGUGUCCCUGUUGAGCAACUUCAGGAGUUGACUUUCUUCGUUUCGCACCACCUCCAGAGUCGCACAAGUCCCAUCAUACCAGCUCUUGAGAAGUGGAUCCCUGGAUGUGGCCCACGAUUGAUAAUCAAAGGCAUGACCAUCUACUCUCGCUUUGGAGAUCUUACACCUGGAGAAAUCCUUGACCUCUACAAAGAGUUCUCAUCAUGGCCUGAAUACCAGCAUUCGACGUUUCGAGCGGCCGUCCUCGAUCAGCAUGCUCAGCAUGACUCUCACGAAGAUGCUCAAGGUCAUAGUGCAGAUGAUGUGCAGGAGCAUGGACAAUAAGCGUUGCUCAUUGCCACUUUGCUAUUAUUUUUUGCCAUUCAAUAAUUAAGUUUAUCCUUGAUAAGACAUGACUUAAUAGUUGAAGCCAAACAUAAUGCAGUCAAAAUGAUCAUAUAAUGACUGGGUCUUUGUCGAAUUUUGUCCUGUAGAACUCCAAAUAGUUACACCAAUUAUAUCACUCCUCCAUUGCAGACCUAUCAAAAGUCCCCAUUCAAAUGAACAGAGCACCUGAAUACUAUCACUACGUAAAAGUUAUGGCCAUCAUAGGGCUUCUCUGUAUUCUAUUUUCUGCUUAAACCUCUUAGUGCCACGCUUUCCGGCGAGGGAUGUGUGAAAAUUGCCACAUGUUUUUGCUGAAUAUGUAGCGUUUUACUAGAUAUGCCCAACAUAGCCCUUUGUCUGCUCUUUAAGGGACUAGUAGCGAGAAAACUUCAUUCGCAACCGAAGUGGAACAUGCACCCCUGUAUUUCCACAUGACUUGGACACCAUAACCCUCCAUCUACGCCAUAAUGCCGUUAGACCUGCAGUUGAAACGCACUGGUGCAAAUACAACAGCAAAAUGCCUAUAGUGCAUGCAUUUAGUUGGGACCAGGGUCACGAAUGGAGUCGUCAUUGCACACUGUAUUCUUCCCUCUAAAGGAUCUUGUUUGUCUUUGGUUCUACAUGAGAUUGUGGACUCCCUAAAUCCUGGAUCGUUGCAGCCCUUUGUAAAUGACAAUGGAAGACUCGUGCAAUGCGUAUAAAAAUGGGGUGAAAUCCCCAGCGAUGGGCACGUUAAGAGCCUGUCCUCAGCGAUGUGCCACAGCGCAUACAAAUUCUGAUAACUAAGAAUGAGCAGCAUGCAAUGCAUACUUAGUUGUUGAAAUUAUUAUGCAUCGUUGCCCAUCACUGGGUAUUUUACAUUACUCCUGACAAUCUUGAGCACAUGAGGCUUUUUGGAUAUGCAUUAUGGUCAAUGCCUAUGAGUGAUUAGAAAAACUGGUGUGAGGAGAGCGGAUGUAAAGAGAAAAGUCUCGUGUACGUCGAACACAGCAAAGCUUCAUGAGCUCUUGCUCGGAAUAUACAGAUUUUCUUCGAUAUAUAGAAUAAUAUAUAUAUAAUAAACUCGAGUUUCCCCC